CAGUGAAUCGUUGAAAAUGUGGAAUAUAAACAGUUGUGUAAGCAGCUGAUAUUGUGGUGUUGUAGCGUUUUAAAUUUUAGUAGAAAAAAAUGGGUGUCCCUAAGUUUUUUAGAUGGAUUAGUGAAAGAUACCCUUGUCUAAGCGAAAUUGUGAAGGAAUACCAGAUACCAGAUUUUGACAACUUAUAUCUUGACAUGAAUGGAAUCAUUCACACAUGCUCACACCCAAAUGACUUUGAUCCUCAUUUUCGGAUUACAGAAGAGAAAAUAUUUAAAGAUAUAUUCCAUUAUAUCGAGGUAUUGUUUCGUAUGAUCAAACCAAAGAAACUAUUCUUCUUAGCUGUGGAUGGUGUAGCCCCUAGAGCAAAGAUGAACCAGCAGCGUGGACGAAGAUUUCGUUCAGCCAAAGAGGCAGAAAUUCUGGAGCGCAACGCCCGCGAGAGGGGUGAAAAGCUGCCUUCGGAGGCACGGUUUGAUUCGAACUGCAUCACCCCUGGUACGUGCUUCAUGGACCGCCUACACCAGCAGCUCAAGUACUUCAUCACAUACAAGGUGUCCACUGACAGGCUGUGGCAGAACGUCACUGUCAUACUGUCUGGUCACGAGACCCCGGGUGAAGGGGAGCACAAGAUAAUGGACUACAUCAGGUACGCGCGGUCGCGGCCGGACCAUGACCCCAACACGCGGCACUGCCUGUAUGGGCUGGACGCCGACCUCAUCAUGCUGGGGCUCUGCAGCCAUGAGCCACACUUCUCCCUCCUCCGCGAAGAGGUGAAAUUUGGGCGAAGGAACCAGCAGAAGAGGAUUGUGGCACCCGAAGAGACAACUUUCUACUUGCUUCACCUUUCGCUUAUGCGAGAAUAUCUGGAGCAUGAAUUCUCGGAACUUAAGGAGAAGCUGCCAUUCCCAUUCGACCUGGAGAAAAUAAUUGAUGACUGGGUUCUGAUGGGAUUCUUAGUUGGCAACGACUUCAUCCCUCCGCUUCCGGACAUGCACAUCACAAGUGGAGCGCUGCCAAUGCUGUACAAGGCUUACAUCGAUGUGCUGCCACAGCUCGGAGGAUAUAUUAAUGAAGCAGGUGACCUGAACCUAAAGAGAUUUGAGCAGUUCAUGCAGAGGUUAGCGACAUUUGACGUCGACCAGUUUCGUGAUACGUACGCUGACUUGCGGGAAUUUGAGAUGAAGACUGGUAGGCGGCCUGGAAAUGAAAGGAAAAGUUACAGGCCAGAUCAAACUGAAGAUGCAGUGGAUGACAGCCCCAGGAAGGCAUUGGACCCUGACCUCAGUGAUCUGAUCAGCCGCACUGAAGACAUGCUUGCAGAUGGACUCUCGGACAGUGAGGAACCAGAGUUCUGCUUGGAGGAUGAGGAAUUAUCAACUGCAGGGAGCGAUGAAGAGGAGAAGAUAUUUCUGCAGGAGUUCGACCUCCACAAGAGGGACUACUACAUUAACAAGCUGGAAUACGAGGCAGUCACGCCGGAGGUGAUGCGGUCGCAGGCAGAGGGCUACGUGCGUGCCAUCCAGUGGAACCUGCACUACUACUACAAUGGCGUGUGCUCGUGGUCAUGGUUCUACCCCCACCACUACGCCCCCUAUGUCUCGGACAUCCGUGACUUUUCAUCGGGCCUGCGGCUCGAGUAUGACAUGGGGAAACCCUUUCUUCCAUUCCAGCAGCUGCUUGCUGUUCUGCCCACACUCAGCAAGAACCUUCUGCCUGAGCCUUACCAACAUCUCAUGGAAGAAAAAGACUCUCCACUCAUCUCUUUCUACCCGACGGACUUCAAGACAGACCUAAAUGGGAAAAAGCAGCAGUGGGAAGCUGUCGUCUUGAUACCGUUCAUAAAUGAGGAGGAAUUGCUGAAAGCGAUGGCUCCCUACGAGUCUCAGCUGACGGAGGAGGAGCGGAAGAGGAACACUCCCGGCCCGAUGCUAGUGUACAAGUACACAGACGACGAUCUUGGUGUGUACGAAGCACCAGAAUAUUUCCCAACACUGGAGACGAAUCACGCAAAAGUUAUCGAAGUUUGGCGAGAUGAGCUUAAUGUGGAGAAGAAAGAUCUCAUCAAGGGACUCUGGCCUGGUGUUAAGCUGGAUGUUUACUAUCCUGGCUUUCCUACCAUGAAACACAUCCCACACAAGGCAAAAUUGGAGAAGCGUGAGGUCCACGUAUUUGACCAGCCCUCUAGAGGUGAAAAUAUGAUUCUAUCUAUCGAGAACCAAGGCAAACCAGAUCCCGAGGAAGUUGCGACGCACCUCCUCGGCAAGAACAUCUUUGUGGCGUGGCCUCAUUUGGUGGAAGCCAGGGUGUAUGCUGUUUCGAACCACGAGUUCAACCUGUCAUUGGCUGCAUCAGGCCAGCUUAACAAGGAGAGGCAGAGCGCCGAAGGGAGGGAUGCGUGGUCGCGCCAGGUGCAGGCCAUCAAGAGACAGUACAUGACCAAGAGGGGCGUGGAAAUCGGCUCUACGUCAGUUUUGGUCCACGCGGCGAUUCUUUGUGGCAUAAAACACAUCAUCAAUAACAGCGAGGUGGUUCUUCACAAACAGUGGAGCUCCACACCUGUAGCAUAUGCUCUCCAGACGACGGUGAAGGACAUCAAGACAAAAGACAAGGUUGCCGACGGCCCGAAGUACCGCACCAUCGAUGAUCUCUUCCCGCGUGGUUGCGUGUGCUUUGUGAUGGCUCCACCACACUAUGGUGCUAUGGGAGAGGUGAAGGAGAGUAUAAUGGACAACAGAACCCUGCGCCUGAAGGUUAUUGUGUCAGUGCCGGUAGAGCCCGACCUGUCGCAGCUGUUCAGAACGUACAAGAACAUACAGGCCAACUAUAUGACUGUGGGACAGGCAGCUCAGAGGCUGAGCAUCUCACCACACCUGUUAUCACGCAUCACAGGCACCGUCUACGUCAUCAAGCAGGCUGGGGCGUCCUCAUCCGCCAAGCUGAACCUCGGCCUCAAUCUCAAGUUCAACAAGAGGAACGAAGAGGUUCCCGGCUACACAAGGAAAGAAGGUACGACCUGGUUGUACAGUCAACGUGCAGUGGAUGUUGUGGCAGCAUACGUGAGGGAGUUUCCGGAUUUGUUUCAGUACCUCACGUCAAAUGUUGGCAACGACUGCUUUGUCGCUAGUGAUGUCUUCCCUGGGAAAGACUGGAACUAUGUUUCACAAAUAAAUACGUGGAUCCGCAACCAGCACUGUUCGUCUGUUGAACGGAGGCCCUGUGGAUCACAGUAUUUGGAACCGGAAGUUGGUGAAAUGCUCAUGGAGAUCGUGGAUGCCCACCAGGCAAAGAAGUUAGCAAACAAGAAUGUUGGCAUGCAUGUGAAACCGAGGCUUCUGUACAGGCACGAACUUCAGGACGGGAACCUCGCGCCUGAUACGACGGCCACGUACAGUCUACUGGACCGAGUCAUAAAUGUGCGGGAGGGCUACACGGUGCCCCUCGGCCUCAGGGGGACCAUCAUAGGUAUACGGCAGAUGGGAGACAAGGAGGCAGACGUGAUGCACGACGUGAUGUUCGACGAGGCAUUCCCUGGUGGGCUGUCGCUGCUGUGUUCGGAGAAGCGCAGCUACUCACUGCCGGCGGCGGCCCUCGUCAACCUGAGUCACGGGGAGCGCCAGCAGCGCCGUCGCCAGCUGCAGCCUCUCAGCAAGCCCACCGCCGUCGUGCAGCCCUCCGGAGGACCAAACCUGCCAGUGGCACCACCUGUACACACAUUCGCACCUCCGUGGAAGAAGGCAGCAGCUCCCGUGUCAGUGUCUCCCCUACGGCAGCAACCGAACCAGCAGCAGGGCUCAGCGUUUGUCAGCUGGACGGCCGGCAGGGGCGUCACAUCCCCACAACGGCUGGCACACAGCCAAGACCAGGUGCAGCCUCCGCACCAGUUCCCGCCUGCAGUGGCGUUUGUGCAGGGACCUCCUCUGGUGAGUGCUGCAAGUAAAAACCCACCACAAGCAGCCGUUCUCCAGGAGAAUACAGCAGGUGCCGAGUUCCGUGCUCUAUGGAGCAACUUGCAGAAGCUGCCAGCCAACAACAGUGUGGUGCCUAAGAAACCUGACGGGAAACUGGUGCCUAAAUCUGCAGAGGUGGAAGACCAGGGGACAGAGCUGUUGAAGAAAGUGCUCAGAAUCGUGCCAGAUAGCCCUGACGGUGCGGCAGCCAAAGAGAAACGCAAGACGGGUGCUGCAUCUGUGACUGCUGAGACACAGACUUCGCCAGCCAAGAGCAUUCAGAAACCUACAACAGAGAGCAGCUGCAUGAAACUUCUGCACAUGUUCCAGGCCAGGGGACUCGGCAUCCCCCGCUAUGCAUACAUUCCCCAGGAAGACGGGACAGUGCUGGCUAACGUUCAGAUGCCGGACAACACAACCUACCACGGGGAGUGUGCUGCCAACAGGGAACAGGCAUCAGAGAGUGCAGCCCGAGUGGCACUUGCCGAGUUGGAAGCUGCCGGCGGUGCACUGCAGUUUGGAGCGUCUGGCCAGAGCUGGAUGCAGUUGCACCAAAAACAACAGCCGUUUGGCAGUGGGAGUGGAGUCCACCACGGCAAAGGUGCAGGGGUUGGUGCACUGCCAGCACCUCCCCAGCAGUGGUUCCAGAAUGGCAGCCCCAGUGCCCGGUUCAAUCAGCAGCCGCACGGGCAUUGGAGGUCACACACAGCAGCUGACACGUCAGACCGGAGUCGGCUGAGGGACCAUCAGGGGCACCCUCCGAAAGGAUCUCGGGGCAGCCCAGGGUGGCAGCACCAGCAUCAACAUCAGCAGCAGCAUCAGCAUCAACAGCAGCACCUGCAACAUCACGGACGUCAUGGCCAGGGAUUCCAACCACCGUUUGGGCAGGGUUCACAACAGCAGCAGUACAACCGCCGCUCUGGUCUGGCAGAGGCCGGCCACGCUCAGUACGGCCCGGGCACGGGCGGAGGCGUCGCCGGAGGCCUCCCGCCGCGCCUGCAGAACCUCCAUCACCACCAGCCACACCAGCAGCUCUUCCAGAACGUGGCCCCUCCGCCAGGGGCACUGCCCCCUCGUUUUCUCGGGCAGCAGGCGCAGCCAUUCGUGCCGCUGCAGGCGGCCGUCAAGUCACGUGCCGUCACCGGUCGCGGUUCGCAAGGCGAGGAGGGUCGUCACAGAGGGCAGGAGAGUGAGCGGGUGCAGAACUCGACAACUUCCGUCGAGCAGUCGCCUGUGAAUAAGUCGAAUGGGGGCAACGUGGGAACUCCCGACAAAGUUGUCUCCACUUCCAGCAAGGGCUCCGGUGGGCCGGCAGCGCGCAAGACCCGCAAAGUGCGUAUAGCGGCGCGCUUCACUUACGGCCUGGACGUUGAUGACGAGAAGCAGCCAGAUCGGCCAAACAAGGAAGAGAAAAAGGAGGAGACGAAGCAGGCAGUGGGCAGCGACUCGGGGGCUGUUGAGGGCCCCACCACCGAGCAGCAGAACUAGAGGCAUUUUAAUAGUGGUCGGCAUUGGUCGUAGGCUGUGAACCGUUACUUUAACUAUGCUUCAAAGUGAAAGAAAAAAACGCUUUGUGAACUAUCACAAACCUACCAUUUAUACAUAGUGAGAUCAUAUGCAUGAGAAAAAAAAGUUCUUUUUGAAUUUGUAAUGAAAAACUGCAGUUGAUUACAUUUUAAUGUACUGUUGGCAAAUCUGAUGACUGAUCAAAUUAUCAGAUUCGUCGUUGUAUGUGCAAUGACUUUUGAAUUGCUAAUUUUUAGUUUGCAUGUUUGUGUUUAUGGUUGUAGCUUUGAUCAGUGAAUUUUCUAAUAGGCCCAUAAAAAAUGAUUUGGUUAAUGUGAAAACUGCUGAUGUAAGCUGCAUUCUGCAGCUUUACAUCUCUCUCUGCAUUUGUGACGACACACAGUUUCCAAAUACUGUAUUUCCAAUACAGAUUUGAUUACUGCUGAAACUUUUUUAUAGUGUGAGUACCGCAUGUGAUCCUGUAUAUUUUCAAAUA